CUUUAAAAGUCAAACAAUUUAAAGGAAAAAAAAUUAGAAAGUAAAUUCUAAGAGAUAAAAACCUAAAAGUGUGUUUGUUCUCUUUGAGUCUCAUCUAUUACUCCAUCUCAGACCCGAUUCCUGCUGGUGGAUGUUCUGACAUCAAUGACAUUCUAAUCAAAGCUUAUUUCAUGUUCUAUCCUCCAUUCUCCUCGUUUUCUGCUCUGAAUUUAAAUCUAUUUAUAGAGUAGAUGACAGAAACGCAGUUUCCAGCUCAGAAAGAGGAGAGUUUGGGAACAGAGCAGCGUCUUCAGCAGGCAGAGGAGGCAGAAUCCUCGGAGCGAGCUUCUCCUCCGUCCCUGAAGAUUCGCCAGGUCGCAUUAUCAUCAGCACCAGACGAAGGAGAGCGGCUGCAUCCAACAUGUCCCCGAGAAGGAGGAGAAGGAGGAGCUGUGAGGAGCAGCUCUGGGCCUGCAGAAGAUGCUUCUAAUUAAAGCGAGCUGCUUUUAUCUGCAGGCUCUUUGAUGUGACAGCAAGAAGAAGACGAGUCUGCGGUGACGGCGGCGAUGGCGGUGACGGCCUGACGAAGGUCUCAGUCCGACUGUAGAACCCGGUUGGAACUCUAAAGGACUCUGAAACUUCAAAACCCAAAAUAGCUAAUUGUUGAACUUCACUCUGGAUGAAAAAGUUCAGUCAGAAGCUCAGGAAGACAAGAGUGUUGCCAUGGUUACAGCAGAGUGAUGGAGCUUUAAUGAGUCGGUGCCGCUUGCUGGGAUCAGAGCUUCUCAGCGUUCUUUCAUGUUCGUCUGAAGAUCCGUUCUGUUGUGAUGAGGUCUCCUCCUGCUGCUCGUGCUCAGAAACAUCCGUCCUCAGAGCAGACGGCCGGCCCGGUCCGGAGCGCCGCCAGCAUGAGCUCCCACGCCUCCGUGGACAUCCUGGAGGAGCUGCAGCUGAUCGCCGCUCAGAACCUGGAGAAGCUGGACGUUGGCAAAUACUACGAGGUGGUGCGGGAGCUGGGGAAGGGCACCUACGGGAAGGUGGACCUGGUCGUCCACAAGAUCCGAGGAACCAAAAUGGCUCUGAAGUUCCUGCGGAAGAGGACCACCAAGCUGAAGAGCUUCCUGCGGGAGUACAGCGUCUCGCUCUACCUGUCGCCCUGCCCCUUCAUCAUCAACAUGUACGGCAUCGCCUUCCAGACCGACGACUUCUACAUCUUCGCUCAGGAGUUCGCUCUGGCCGGAGACCUCUUUGACAUCAUCCCCCCUCAGGUGGGCCUCCCCGAGUCGGUGGCGAAGCGCUGCGUCCACCAGGUGGCGAUCGCCCUGGACUACAUGCACAGUAAGAAGCUGGUCCACCGGGACAUCAAGCCCGAGAACGUCCUCAUCUUCGACACCGAGUGCAGGAAGGUCAAGCUGUCGGACUUCGGCAUGACGCGGCGCGCCGGCUCCCCGGUGAAGCGCGUGAGUGGCACCAUCCCGUACACGGCGCCGGAGCUGUGCGACACGUCGCGGCACGAGGGCUUCUACGUGGACUACAGCACGGACGUGUGGGCCUUCGGCGUGCUGCUCUUCUGCAUGCUGACCGGGAACUUCCCCUGGGAGAAGGCCAUGCCCGGCGAUGCCUUCUACGAGGAGUUUGUGCGCUGGCAGCGGCGCCGGACGGGGACGGUGCCGUCGCAGUGGCGCCGCUUCACGGAUGACGCCCUGCGCAUGUUUCGCCGCCUCCUGUCCAUCGAUCAGGAUCGCCGCUGCUCCGUCAAGGAAGUCUUCAGCUACUUCAACCAGUGCUGGAUGCUGGACACGGAGAACGGGAACGCCGGCGGCGGCGGCGGGAGCUCUGUGGGCGGGGCACCCCCUCUGGACAUCAGCUCGUCUUCGUCAGAGGAAGACGCGUUAGUGGACAGACUAAAGCAUCAGAGUCUGUCGCCCGCCUGCGUGGCGGCGAAAGGAGGGAUCGCCAUGGACGCCCACUUUUCCUCCACGUCCACCAGCGGCUCGCCGUCCUCCACCGGCAGCUUCGAGCGAGUCAACAGAGACAACAACGAGCGGGGACGCAUCCUGGUGACCACGCCCAUCGAGAUCUGCGUGUAGAGACGCCGCCGACGCUUUAAGGCCGCCUUCCCCGACCGACGCGCUGAAGAGGAAGAACGAGCGCGGGAACGGCGUUGGAAAACGGACUGAAUCACCGCAGAUUCACUCAGAAACGUGAGGAACGCACGCCGUCGCUUUACGUCUGUGGGUCGCUCCGGAACGUUCCACAAACUCGCUCUAGAGCAAAGACGGGAGAGUUUUCACGAGCAGCAGAGAAGGACCAGAUCGGCUUUGUGCAUCAAAAACGUUUUCAUGUAGAAGAAAAUAUUUCCAUGUUUCUGUAACGUUAGUUUGGGUAUUUAUUUGUCAGAUUAAUAUAUUUUCACAUCAAUGACGACAAAAGUUCAUGUUGUUACCAUAAAAACUGCGUCUACUGGAGGCAACUUCCAAACUUCACCAAAUUUGCUUCUGUUUCCAUGGCAACUACACCAAAAUCCAAGACAUGCUGGGAAAGUUUCAACAUAAAACACCUUUAGAGGACGAAAACCUGAUUUUGUGUUCUUAGCAUCAAAUCGAGUUUUUUAAUGUGUGUAAAACAAAAAUGUAAGAAAGGCAAAAAAAAAAACGUUGACGUCUUAAGAUGUAUCUACAAAAAAGCGCCGGCUCCAAGACAAGUUUAUCCAAAACUAAAAACAUACGACAUUUCAUGAAUGGGAAUUGUGAAAAUGCAAACCUGAAUAGAACGCUUUAUGUAGGACUUCACGUUAACGGAUGGAAAUUUGGUUGCUAAGGAAAAUGUAAAAGUUACUUUGAAGGAGAAACACACAAAUUGAGACAUGAGUUUAUGAGCCCGUGACAUGAAGAAAAGCCAAUGGUUGCUAUGGACUACCAUGUUGUGAAGGCUGGGAUUUUGAGCUUCAAUUCUCAUUUCUCUACGAUGCAAAAGCAUCUUUUUGUUUUUUCUUAAAGAAACAAGAGUCUAAAUUUAGAGAAGUAGAAAAAGUAGAUGAGUUUUUGUCCUGUUGUUAUAAUACGACAUGUCAUGAAUGAAAACUGUAAAAAUCCCACCUGAAAAGAAACCUUUAAGUCAGGACUUCAUGUUAACGGAUGGAAAUGUGGUUGCUAAGCAAAAUGGGAAAAUUUAUUUUAAAGAAGAAACUCAAAAAUUCAGACAUACAUUCAUCAGACUGAAAAGUUAAGAAAAGCCAAUGGUUGCUAUGGACUACCUUGUUGUGAAGGCUGGGAUUUUGAGCUUCAAUUCCCAUUUUUGAUAUUUUGCUAAGAUGCAAAAACCUCUUUUGUUUUAUUCUUAAAGAAACAGGAGUCUAAAUUUAGAGAAGUAGAAAAGUAGAUGAGUUUUUGUCCUGUUGUUGUAAUCCUUUAGGAAGUUUAGUUUUCGCUCCUACGUGUUUUUCGUGAACAGUCGUCUGUGCAGAUUUAAUCCUGACCGCUGCUUCUGUGAACAUCUGCUCACCUCAAAGUAGCAAAAGAACUGAAGUUCUCUCUCCAGGAGCAAAGAUGAACAUGAAUUUUCUACCUGCAUGCUAUAAAAAAAAGAAUAAAAGUCAAUUACUUAUUGAGUAAAAUGGUUUAAAAAACAAAGAAGCUUUUAAUGUGAAAAACAAAAUGUGAAGAGCAGGAGAACUGUGUGAAAACAGUUGGAAUUAAAGAGCUUCAGAAAUCCACUCUGUCUUUUUUGUGUUGCAUGAAGUGACAUAACUGCUGUGAAAACGUCUUCAAAUAAAAACCUUGAACUAAAAAAAA